AUGGAAGGGCACCAUGAUUAUGAGCACCUCGCCUGGGUUGCUGAAGAAUUUUGGGCUCGAAAGAACUACAAGAGCGCACUUGCCUGCUACACGAUUGCAUGUCUGGCAUUCGUGAAAAUCUAUCCCGAUAGAUCAGCAGAUACCGAUCUCUUGGGCCUCAAAGAUGGAGCGGCACGAUGUUUCGAGCAUCUAAGUGAUCUCAGCGAUCCCACCGAUGUCAGCAAGUUCAGCAAUCUCAAGGAAUGCAUAAAGCUGGAUUUUGAAGUUCUGAAGGAGAAAGAGAAGAUCCUUGAUUCUAACGACGAGGAGCUUCUCAUUUUACGAGAGACACUUGCUGAGAAUAAUGCACAAAUAGGCAAUCACGAGGCGGCAUUAUCAUUACUGCGUACUAACUUGAAGAUACUCGAAUGUAAGGAAUACGGCUUAGAAGACGAAUGGACCUUGCAGACCAGGUAUAGGGUUGGAGUCGAAUUGUCGUUAUUGGGUGAAAACCAACAGGCAUUAAUAUUGCUGGAGAAGACUUUGUCCGUGAUGACUACAAAUGGGUUUCCACAAGAACAGCAAGAAAUAGUGCGGGAGGCUAUCCACGGAGCCCAAGAGUUUAUCGAGAAAACUGUGGCCAAUGAAGCGAGGAAUAACGCGAUCCCGUCUAACCAAUACUCAAGAACGGCCGAUUUGAAGCCGUGCACACCUCCAGAGCACCAGAAAUUGAUUUUGGGCACCUUCCAGUCUACCUCAGCGACCUCGAAUGAGACAGCUGUGGCUCGGAGCAAGGAAAACUCUCAAAGGCUAGGGAAUAACGAGCCACAAUCUAUACCUCUAGUUGGCGUUGUGAGCUUAGUAGGGAAGCCACAAACGCUAGCAGAUGAGAUCAAAUCUUCAACAGACGGGACACGAUCCCGUGCCAGUUCAUGUAGUCCAUCAAUUCGUCCUUUCAUCCAACUGGAGAAAGGGGCCAUUUGUCACAAUGAAGAUGGCAAUGGGCAGGAUGCAUCCUCUGAGAAGUGGUUAAGAGAGGUUGACACCGUUGUUCAUUCUUGGAUGCCGCUCUCGAAAGUCAAUGACAAGAUUCGGAUCGCCAUAUUGGAUACUGGAAUUGAUCUUGGUCACCCCUACUUUGAAGAGAGAAUACGAACUGGCAGCACUCAAUCUCGACGUGAAUCUAUCAACGAAUGCAAAAGCUUCCUACGGGGGAAAAGAGGAGACGAGGAUGCACAUGGACAUGGCACUCAUGCUGCAUCGCUUCUACUACGCCUUGCGCCAAAUGCGAAGGUAUACGUAGCCCGAGUGGUCGAUGAUGACGGCGAGAUCAGUAAUCCUGAUGCAGUUGCAGAGGAGGCCAUCAACUACGCUAGUGAUCCUGAAUACUGGAAUGUUCACAUUAUCAGUAUGUCUUUGGGCUGGAAGAACAUACCCGAGUCCGUUGAACGCGCUAUAAAAAAGGCCACAAUGACUCGAGAGGUCUUCAUUUUCGCAGCAGCUUCCAACAAUGGCCCAACCGAUGACUAUUCGGUGACGUAUCCAGCUAGAGCGAUGAUGGUAUUUCCCGUUUUCGCUGCCUCCUCUCAGGGAGAGCUUCAAAGAUUCAACCCAAGCCAUGAGCACAAAAAAGGGCUUAGUACCCUUGGCGUGAACGUCACUGGGCCUUGGACUCGACAUGGCACUGAUGAGAAAUCUCCGACCCGAUGUCGAUCGGGAACUUCUAUUGCCACGCCUAUCAUGGCAGCAUCGGCAGCAUUGGCACUUCAGUAUAUAUAUCAGAAACCGCCGCUAAAAAUUGAGGGCUUGGACCGACUGAAGGGAAUAGAUGGCAUGGUUGAGUUGUUGUCGUUGAUGAAGCCCCCUCAUUUCAAUGAAACACCUUAUUUUGUCAAGCCGGGGGUGUGGCUACGCGAAAAAGAGUAUGCACGAAAGAAAGUAGAGGAAAAGAUCCAGCACAUUUGGUACGGGCAGAUUCAAUGA